AUGAGAGUCUACUCUUGUCAUUUUUGCUCGUCGCCGGUUUACCCGAGUAAAGGUAUAAUGUUCGUGAGAAACGAUGCCAAAGAGUUCAGAUUCUGCAGAGCCAAGUGCCAUAAGGCCUUCAAGCAGAGAAGAAACCCAAGAAAGUUGAGAUGGACCAAGGCUUUCAGAAAGGCUGCCGGCAAGGAGUUGGUCGUCGACUCCACCUUAACAUUCGCUUCGAGAAGAAACGUUCCUGUCAGAUACAACCGUGAGUUGGUGGCCACGACAUUGAAGGCCAUGUCGAGAAUCGAGGAGAUCAGACAGAAGAGAGAGCGUGCCUUCUAUAAGAACAGAAUGAGAGGCAACAAGGAAAGACAGAUGGCCUUGGACAAGAAGUUGGUGGAGGAGAACCCCGAGUUGUUGAGAAUGAGGGAGGUCGAGUUGAAGAGAAAGGCCGAGAAGAAGGCCCUCAAGGAACAAGCCGAGCUGGAAGACGAGGAGUUGGAAGACGAGGACGAGGAUAUGAUGGACGUGGAGUCCGAGGAGGAGUCCGAAUCCGAGGCCGAGCAGCAGAAGCAGAAGGUGUUGUUGAAGGCCAAGAGAAAGGCCAGAGCCUAA